AUUUGGAAUAUAUUUUCAAUAAGUCAAAUAUAUAUUUAUUUCUAGUCUAGAUAGAGUUCUUUAUUUACACUAGUGACCAAUAGUAGUCAUAGUUUGAUUGAAUUAAAGUAGCAACUUAAAUGAAAAAAUGGAGGAUGUAUCAAAUGUGUAUUUAACCGAUUUUAUCCCUUCAAUAUACACGUCUCCGUGUACUAUGCACUACACACAAAACGGCAAGGAGAGGAAAUGGGACAUAUUCGCAGAACGCAAUGGAGUAAUCAUUUUAUACAACAAAACGAGAGACGUAUUGAUCCUAGUCAAACAAUUCAGAGCCUCGGUUUAUUUACACAAAAUACCGGAAAAGGACAGGAAGGGUCACAUCGAUGUCCACAAGUAUCCCCCAAAGCUAGGAGUGACCUUAGAGUGGUGUGCAGGACUCGAGGAUAAGGAGAUUUCGACCGAGGAAGUCGCACAGGAGGAGAUAUUAGAAGAGUGCGGGUACAGAGUAAAGCUAAACCAAUUGGAGAAAAUAGGAACUAUUAAAAACUUGUCAGUUACUACCGGGGCGAGAUCCACCUUCUACUACUGUGAGGUUACCGACGAUAUGAUCCAUAACGAAGGGGGAGGCGAGGAUGGUGAAAACGUGGAGGUUAUAGAAAUGCCGGUAAAGGACGUUAUAAAAUAUGCUAGUAACAAGGAGUACGUUGGUUCGCCGAUUAAUUUUAUGUACGGUUUGUACUGGUUUUUGUACAAUAAAUACAAUAAAACGUAGUAUUAAGGAUUGUGAUUUUGUAACGGUUGCUCAUACAAAUUUUAUU